CUUCAAAACUAUAUCUUUUUAUUUUUCUGGUUAUGGUUUAAAAUUUUUUGUUUUUUUUAAGGAUGUCUAAAGGUACGGGGCCCUUGUCAAAGUUAUAUAAUGCCACCAUUAGUGCUGUAGAAAAGGUUGUUCCAAAUGCAAUGCAGCCACUUUGGCAAUCUCCGGCAGGUCCCCGAACUGUGUUUUUUUGGGCACCAGCGUUUAAAUGGACCUUGGUGCUGGCAGGUCUAAGUGAUACGCUAAAUCGUCCUCCUGGGAACAUCUCCCUUAACCAGUGUGCCUCCCUGGCGGUCACUGGUUUAAUUUGGUCCCGCUACUCAGUUGUUAUAACACCCAAAAACUAUAGUCUUCUGGCUGUCAAUUUAGGCGUAUUUUGUAUCCAAGGUUACCUAGUGAUAAAGCAUCUUAGAUGGCGGAGUGAGAAUUCCCGGAAUGCGGUGUUCAAUCAUAAUAACUAUCCUAUCAAAUCAGAAGAUGAAUGGUAACAAGCCUCUGGAAGUAUGGACUAUGUUGAAUGAUAAAAUACGGAUGAAUAAAUGCUGAAAUAAUA